UGAAGCUGUUGUAGGGAGAGCUAGAUGAUAAGACGCGCCAUGAAAUAGAAUAGUCAAUGUUGUCGUUCUCGAGUGUCCAGAUGUGUUUGCUAAGUUCGGUGGAGUUUUUGUGCUUGGCAUGACGGAAUGAUGCGGUGUGAUUUCUGUGUCUUGUUUUGAAGUUGGUUUCUGUGAGUCCAAUGUAUGUUUCAGAGGUGUUGUUGUCGUUCCAUGUGAACUUGUAUCUUCAUGCCAACACAGAAACAAAGCAUUGCUACGCAACCGCUGAACUUUAAAGUUUUUAAGUUUACUGCGUAUUAUGUAAAUUUUCGUAGUAUAUACACGAUAGUCACAUGAAUAUUCUUUCAUAAAACCCCUGAAGAGUGAAGCGAUUCACGAAACAGGCUUGUCGGGAAAAUGUAGUUGCGUCCUUUUUUCCUCUUAAAAUAUAUAUAUAUAUAAUUAUGUAUUAUUCAAGUUUUGUAUAAAAUUUAGUUCUGUAUGAAAUUAUAAUUGUACUGUGUUUGUUUACAUCAUUAAGUCUUUUAUUUUAUGAUAUCAAAUCUUCAAACUGUUAGAUAAGAUCAAUACAUUGUGUAAAUUAAAACUAUAUCAAAUCUUCAGUGUAAAAGCUGGCAAUAUAGUGAGGUUCUAUGCCAGCUACUGAAUUACAACUUUACUCUGUUUUUGCUUCAGAAACCUUUGAAUGAAGAUGAUUCUACAAGAGAAUUUAGCAGCAAACAUAAUAUUCCUAUUUAUUAUUGGAAGAACAAGGAUGGCUGGGAGCUUAAUCAAGGGUAGGAACACAAUGGCUUUCUGCUAUUAUCAAAAUUGUAAUUAUUUCAUUAUUAGUGUGGCUGAUUUUGAUUGUUGUCCCAUGGCAGGCCACCUGGUCCAUAUGACAUUGCAGUUGUUGCAUCCUUUGGCUACUUAAUACCUAACCGCAUUCUGGACAUGUUUCCAUGGUAACGAAAGCAGAUUGCAUUUAAGAUUUGUCAAUAGUGUAUUAUGUAAGAGUCAGCGCAGUGACAUUUAUUCAAACCCUACAAGAUUCAAUCACUGUAUUGCUUAAUCAGUACUUUUUCCAUCCAUUUUAAACAAAUCUGGUGUUUAUUUCAUUGUUUAAAGUGUUUUAACAUCUAAUCUCUGGGAAAUUAGUCUACUGUACAGUCUCUUUUUAAUUUUAACACAGUUGCAAACAAACAGAAGUAAGUUGAGAAUUAAGAAUCAAAACUACUGAUUUUGGAGAGUUCAUCAUGAUAUAACAGCAUUAUUUUUUAAGGUUAGAUGAUGUAACAAAUCUCUGAUAAUUAGCCUUGACAAUGUGCUCUCAGAUCUUGAAAUUGAAAGCUUGAAUUAACAAUACAGUUGUCCUUCUUGACUGAUCAAAUCUUAGCUUAAGUCCCUAAUUUUGAGUCAAUGGUAAAAAUAAGUUGAUUAAAGGAAAUCACAUAUUGAUCUUCAGCUCAACCUGUUCAGACUAUGCUUUAGCUUGUAGGAAGAUACACUUAGACCUAGAGAAAAACAUUGACUUGUGGAUGGUUAAAAUUGGAAAAUGUACAACCAAGCAGAAUGAUACAUGCAUAUUAUGUCUGCUCAAAUGCAAAAUGUGUUUAUUGUGUAAUUCAUUUUCAUCUUAGUGGUGCUAUAAACAUUCACCCAUCUCUCCUGCCACAGUGGAAGGGUGCUGCCCCAAUGUCACAUGCAAUAUUAAAUGGAGCAAAGGAGACAGGGAUAUCCAUUGUUGAAGUAUCUAGAGACAGGUCAGUUUGAAUACCAAAAAUGAUUCACGAACAGAUUCUAUGUUUCCAUGCAUAUGUUCAGUAAUAGAUCACAGAUAAGGUCAAAAUGUGGCAAGAACAAAAAAAAUUGUGCCCUGUGUCACCUAUGUUCUCGCCACAUUUUGAAGUAAUUUGUGAUUUAUUACAGUACAGACCAAUGGCAACAUGGAAUCUAUUUGUUUUAUAUGAUAAAAAAAGCAAAAUAUUGUUAAUGUCAUCCCUAUGUCUGUCCUCCAGUAGAUCAUAGACGAGAACCAAUCUAAAAUGCAUGGAGGAUUCAGCUUAUUAACUAUUAAUCUAUAUAACAUGCAAAACUGCUGUCGUUGCAAAUGAGCAAAGCUGGUUAAUACUGAACUUUAAUUUAAUUACACUACUCAAGAAACAUUGAGUGAUUGAAAGCAACCCUCAGAAAAAUCUUUCCAGAGUCAAAUUUUCGCAACAUGUGAGUCUGUUGGCCAAAAAGAGGGAUAGCUAUGCAAUACCAGGAGAACCAGAUCAGUCAUUAGGCGCACAUGUAAUAACAUGGUUGUGCAGACUGGAAUUGAAGUUUUGAUAAAUAGUUGGCAUGAUAGAGGAUGCUACUGUCACCUCUAAAAGACUGGAAUUGAAGUUUUGAUAAAUAGUUGGCAUGAUAGAGGAUGCUACUGUCACCUCUAAAAGAAGCCCCACUACAGAGGCUUGAUAGCUCAUCCAAACAUCUUGAAUUUGGGUUGACUGGUAGCUGGGGAGUCUCUUUUCCAUUGAUAUUGUAUCCCAACACAGUUAGUGACCCUUGCAUUCCAAUUAUUCUAUUCUAAUUAUUUUAAUGUCACUUGUGAAUUUUAGAUUUGAUGCAGGGCAGUGCAUACUUCAACAAACAUUCAAGGUUUGGAAAUUUUUUACUUUAUUUGUUGAUUUUUCUAUUUUCGAUUUAAAUUAAAAAUGCUAAAGUAAAGAUUUCAAUUAUUUUAAAGAUUCCAGAAGAUAUUAUGUAUGAUGACCUUUCUGAUCAACUUGCAACACUUGGCACACAAAUGGUAGGUAUAAAGGUCAUAAAAUGGUAUUAAAAUAAAAGGAUAGGUAGCAUUGAUAAUCAUUUUGUACUUUUUACCAGGCUUGGUUCUCUCACCUCCAAACCCAUACCCAGUCACCAGAGCUUUAUCCUUCUCUUUCCUCAAGUAUCAUCUUGGUCUGGGAGAAUUCUGAAAUUCUCUCUCUGCUUCCUCUUUACCCUCCAUUUUUGUUUGGCACCCAAAUCCUCAGACUAGAACAGGAUAGAUUUCAACAAAACGUGCCUGCUUUUGAAUUAUUUAUCAUUAUUACUAUUACUAUUAUUAUUAUUAUUGUUAUUGUUGUUGUUUGAAUUAUUAUUUGGCCAUUGGACCUUCAUGUAAACAAAGGUUCCUUUGACGGAUGUAGUAUUUGGUGGAUUGGGACUUGCACGCUUAACCGCCAUGUUAGUUUCGGUCAACAUGAUAAAAGGUUUUUUAGUUCAAUAUUCUCGUACUACUGACAGUACUACUUUGUAUUCCCAGUUGAUGCAUGCUUUGGAGAAUUUGGAGUCUUUACGAAAAAAUCCCAUGCAGUUGAGAAAGAUGAAAGCUAGCUGGGGUAAGUUCGGACGAUUUUGAAAUGUAACAAAUAAAGUCCAAUCUGUAUUUAGCAGCACUGUAUGGCGUUUUCAAUCUUUCUUUCUACUACCCUUAUUCUGUGGAACCUGUAUUAAGCGGUCAACCUCUAUUACACGGUCACCCCGCCAUUCCCCAUAGGUGAUCGCUGAAUACAGGUUCGACUUUUUCCAAGGAAUUUUGCAUAUUGCAUCCUCUGUGAUUUUUAAUUAGUUGAAUAAUUGUUACCGCUGUCACAGCCCAUCGUCUGACUAAAGAGGAUGGUUACAUUGACUGGACACAUCACACUUGGUCUUACAUCAGGAGGCGAUGGAAUGCUCUCUCGUCCCGAGUAAGAAAUGAUUCCUGUUUGCGUUUAUUUAUCCACGGCAGCUUAAUGCCUGAAUGCAGUUUUGGUUUGAUUUUCAUGUUUGAGAAUUCAAUACUAAAAAUUUUAAAACAGGAACACGAAUGAUCAUAGCUUUGAUUUCUCUCAGAAUUUUUUGCCUCGUGUUGACAACCUGAGCGAAAGUCACGAUGAGGGUUUAAAGGGAAGUUGUUUAUCAAUAAAGUGUUUUAAGUGUGAUGCGUGAAACGUUAUCGGUCAGUUGUGCUUUGAUAUUUGUGGGUGGAGGACUCAAGUACAUUGGUCGGGAUUGGUCAGUCUGAUCCAUCGGUAAAAUCACCAAAGGUGGUUUUGUUCGGGUGUCAUUUGAUGUCAUUCCUAUGUGCGGUGGUAGCUGUAUCGUCCAAGAAGUAAAAAAAACUGCCUAUCCUGUUUCGUUCUUAUCUAAGGAAAAUUAAAUAAUUGAUAAUUCAGUGGGAAAAUGUAACCUUUUUUUUUUCGUUUUCAUUCUUUUUUUGCGUCUUUUUACGUAUUAGGUUGGAGUUCAGACAAGCUGGAGAGGCAAAAAGGUUAAGCUGAUCAAAAUGUCUAAAGAAUGUCUUCAGCGUAAGUUGGUUUGGCUUUAACUACCACUCCUCUUGGGUGUGGACGUAAGGGGAGGUUUUUGAAUUGACAAAAAUAUUAAAACGUCAUGAAAAUUUGACUUCAAUGUAAGGAUAUUGGUAAUUAAACAUAUUACGAAUCUGAGAGGCUUAUUCUCAUCGUUAACAAUUCAGUUGGCGAGGAUUGACCUGAGUAUAUUCGUUCAUUGAUUAAGUGACCUGAGUAUAUUCGUUCAUUGAUUAAGUGACCAGAGUAUAUUCGUUCAUUGAUAAAGUGACCGGAGUAUAUUCGUUCACUGAUUGUUAAAUCGUUUUCCUGAUUAUUACCACGUUAUUAGCACGUUCACUGAUUCUUACCAUGUUACUUUUUCCAGUAACACCUGAAGAUGGUGAGUCUACAAUUCCAGGGGAAGUGAAAUACGAUAGAGACCGUGAUACCCUUUUCAUCAGAUGUCGGGUAUGUACACAAUCAGUAUUAUUAUUCUGUUCUUAAAACUACGUAAUACUUCAAUGUAUUGAUGCUUCAAUGUAUUCGGUUGUGCUAAAACUGUAACCAAUACCUCCUUCGCAGUUUGAGGUAAAAGCUCUCGGCUUCUCUUUAAGGUUUAAUCGCCCGUUGAAUUUCAGCAAUUUAAGCUGUAAAAACAAAAUUUAAUAACUACGAACAAGAUUGUCAGCAGUCGGAUUUCGACUUUCCAUUUUUAAAAACGGAUAAUAAAUUAUAUUUUUAGAUAAAAGGUGCUCUUGUCAACAUUGCUGCACAGGUGUUUUGAAGUAGAGCUAUUAUAAAAAUUUGUCCUUGCUUAUAUACAAAUUGUUCUUUUCCCUAGUGCCCCUAGGUUUUUUUCUCACUCUCGGUUAUUUUUUAUGCUCGCUGGUCGUGUAAAAUCGAAUGAAUGCAACAUCUUGGUUUGCCUGAGAAGUUAACCUUUCUGUGAAGCUGGUGGGUCAGCCCUAAGCCUGAAACAUCUGUGUAAUCAAGUGAUCUUUUAGCUUUUUGUGUCGGUCUGUGAAGGAGUUUUUUUUUAAUUCAACUGAAAUAAGAACUAGAACUGGAGGAAUACGGAUUCUGAAUUUUUUCAUAAUACGUUAUAUUUAUAUUCACCUAGGACGCCUGGGUUGGAGUAACAGAGCUACAGUUUGAAACCAAGACUGUCAUUACUGCCAGAGACUUUGCUAACGCAUAUCUUCAUUUAAGCUCAAUUCAUAAUCCAUCAAAAUCAUGUUUUCAAAGUCUUCCUUGGAAAGAAAGAUGACAAAGGGUCUGUUAUGUGGUUAAAAUCAUUUGUCAGUUGUUACCUAAUACAAACACACGUAUUACUUGGAAUAUUGUGCAGGGUUCGAAAACAGAAAUGAGCUUUCAGCAUGAAAGCGGAUCAGCUGGAACCACACUGGACAUUGCCUGAAAUGUGAUUCUUGCCGUUUAAAUGUGAUUCUUACUGUUGACAACGGCCUAUUUUAAAAUGUAUUUAUCGAGGGUUUACUAGCUGACUGCUGGCAGGUCACAGGAAUUAACUUAUGGUAGUGCAGAAGAAAAGAAUUGCUAAAUUAAACUUACUCGUCUCUUGUCC